ACAUAUUUAAAGCAGCAGACGGUCAGCUGUCUGACACAUCGAGACAAAGGGAAUAUAAUGAUUAAAGGUUGCUCAACAAUGUCAACAGCGGGUCAGGUCAUCAGAUGUAAAGCAGCUGUUGCGUGGGAGCCCGGGAAGCCUCUGUCCAUCGAGGAUGUGGAGGUGGCUCCGCCGAAAGAGCACGAAAUCCGCAUCAAGAUUGUUGCCACAGGUGUAUGCCACACAGAUUUGGAGUACCUGAAUGAGGCUGGAAAAGGGAUGAAGUUUAGACCUUUCCCGUUAGUUCUCGGCCAUGAAGCAGCAGGGAUAGUGGAGAGUGUUGGUCCUCAAGUCACCAACUUCUCACCGGGCGACAGUGUAAUUCCUCUUUUUCUGCCACAGUGUAAGAAAUGCGAACGAUGUCAGAGUCCCAAAACCAAUCACUGCAGGAAGAACUGGUCAUAUACUCAAAUGGGUGUCCUGGCUGAUGGCACAAGCAGGAUAUCUUGCAAGGGGCAGCAGGUGUACCAGUUCCUCGGCGUCAGUUCCUUCUCCCAGUACACUGUGGUUCCCGAUACCUCACUUGCAAAGAUAAGAAGUGAUGCACCGCUAGACAAAGUGUGUCUGCUUGGUUGUGGUGUCUCCACCGGUUACGGUGCUGUUGUCAAUGCAGCCAAGGUUGAAAAAGGUUGCUCGUGUGCCGUGUUUGGGCUCGGGGCUGUCGGACUGGCCGCCAUCAUGGGCUGCCAGAUUGCUGAGGCGAGUAAGAUCAUCGCGGUCGACGUCAACCCCGACAAGUUUGAGAUAGCCCGAUCGUUUGGAGCCACCGAAUGUGUCGACCCCACCGCUCACGCAAAGCCCAUCCAGGAGGUGCUGGUGGACAUGACGGACGGAGGAGUGGACUACGCUCUGGAGUGUGUUGGAAGUACAACUGUUAUGAGCGCCGCGCUUGAGUCGACCACAGAUGCCUGGGGCACCUGCGUCAUUGUCGGCUGGUCGGAGACGGAAGCGAUGAACGUCGUGGUUGAGAAGAUCCUGAUGGGACGCACCUUGAAGGGGACUUAUUUUGGAGGUUGGAAGAGCGUGGACGAUGUCCCUAAACUGGUGGACGACUACAUGAACAAAAAGCUGAAGCUGGACGAGUUUAUCACCCACAACCUCCCGCUGGCAAAUAUUAAUAUGGCCUUUGAAUAUAUGAAAACUGGGAAAAGCAUCCGAACUGUAAUCAGUCUGUGGUGAGAGGACGCUACAGCUGCACUGACUACCUUAUAAGAUUAAGAAUUCAGUGCCAUUGUUAAGAUGUCUUUUAUCCAACUCUGCAAUGUAUUUGUAAAGAUCUAAAUGCUCUUUUUUUUCUUCAAAUAUAUCACCAAUAAAAAUGCUUUACUUAGCAUAUACGCACAUGAGCCACUAGAGGGCAGUCUUACAUCAUGUAAAAGCUUCUAUGUUUACGUCCAUGAAUAUGCCUUACUUAAUAAAGAAAUCACUAUUUUAUCUGCAAA